CUUAAGGACAGGAAAAAUUGGACAAGAAUAGAGCGAUGCCAUCUUGUGACGAGACCUCAAUCCAGUUGCGAAAGGAGCAGGAUGAAUUUAGUGCUCUCCAGAUUUUUGGCAUACCUUCACGUCGGGCUCCAAGUCGCUCUCCACUUGUGUAUUUACCCGUGUCAUCUGCAUCCCCAGCCCUGUCACAUCUUGGCACGCAUUGGGCACACGGUGCGUUUGGGUGCGCUCCUGCCGACCCGCCAGCAAUCCCGGAUACAGGGCGCCCUAAACCGCGCCCUGGUCCACCUUCGGCAAAGUGGAAACAACUUCUUACCCUACAAUCUGAGUUUGGAGGUAUUGUCCCGAGAACCGCUCAAUGGAGACCCGGAGUCCAUGUUCAGGUGCGUGUGUCAGGAUAUCGUUGUGCAAGGAGUCUCCGCUGUGCUCGCGUUCCCACAGAGCCACGACGAGCUCGUGCAAGUGGAGUUUAUGUCCUCGUUUUUGGAAAUACCUUUCAUCAGUAUCAUUGAGCAGGGGGAACCUCUUAAGACUCAGAACCGGUUUCACCUGCAGAUGAUGACACGCACGCCCCCCUCUGGACUUGCGGAGCUGCUGUUAGCGGUGCUGCUGAAGGGGGGCUGGCAGGGCGGGGCUGCCACUCUUUGUCCGGAAGGUGGCGACGCGGGCAUGCCGAAAGAGUUGGAACGACUGGGUCAUCUGGGAUUGGAUGGAGCCCACUGGCAUCUUUGGGAGACCCUCAACCUCUCCAAAUUAGAAACAACAACUACAGAGGAAGGAAAGACACGAUUAAAAGAAGAAAAGGUGAUGGAGCUUCUCUCUCAGCUCCUUAGCAGGACUCCUUCUGCUCCAGCGUCCUCCAUGGUUCUCUUUAGCGCUGACCCGCAAUGUACGGCCACCGUGCUGCGGAGCGCACACCAGCUUAGCUUUGCGUUGCCACCAGUGCAGUGGAUCAUGGGAUACCCACUUAGUCUGGAGUCUCUACACUCCAUUGGCUCUCCCCUUGGUCUUCUGGCUUAUGGGGAGGUGAAUCGCAAACCACUAAACUUCUACAUAAGGGAUACCCUACAGCUGAUUGGCAGGGCUGUCUAUGCUGCCACAAUGGUGAGACCGGAUCUGGCACUUAUCCAGAACAUGGUCAACUGCUUUGACAAACCUAACAAACAUGAGUUGCCCUCCUCUGGACAGUACCUAGCCAGGUUUCUGUCAAACACUUCCUUCACAGGCCUGACAGGCCAGGUGCAAGUACAGCGCUCCACUUCCAGGGUGCUUACGUCCCAGAAUUACCACAUCUGGAGUCUACAGCGGGAUCCUUUAGGUCAGCCCAGUUGGGUGACCGUGGCAAGCUGGCAGUCGGGCCAUCUGGAAGUAGAGGAACAGAGCCUGUGGCCAGGCAUGAACCAACGCCAUCGGGAAGAGGGCCCGGGGAUCAGAUUAGGCGGCCGCUGGCAAGCAGGGCUCCCAGUGGCAGGGAGCAGAUUGCGUGUGGUGACCUUGGUUGAGCACCCGUUUGUAUUCACACGGGAGGUGGACGACGAGGGCCAAUGUCCGGCGGGGCAGCUGUGCCUUGACCCUCAAACCAACAACUCUGCAGUCCUCAAUCAGCUGUUUAGGGAUCUGGAACAGACGAAUAGCAGUUCACUGCCAACUGAGAUCCGUAAAUGCUGCUAUGGCUACUGUAUCGACUUGCUGGAAAAGCUAGCUGAGGACAUGAACUUCGAGUUUGACCUGUACAUUGUUGGCGAUGGGAAGUAUGGGGCGUGGAAAGGAGGUAAAUGGACCGGGCUGGUUGGCGACCUGCUUAGUGGUGUGGCUGAUAUGGCCGUCACCAGUUUUAGCAUCAACUCUGCUCGAAGCAGAGUGGUAGACUUCACAAGUCCUUUCUUCUCCACCAGUCUGGGAAUCCUGGUGCGCAGCAAGGACACGGCCGCACCCAUUGGUGCCUUCAUGUGGCCCCUUCAUUGGUCCAUGUGGGUGGGCAUUUUUGUGUCAUUGCAUAUUACAGCGCUUUUCAUCACCCUGUACGAGUGGAACAGUCCGUUUGGCAUGACUCCGCACGGACGUAACCGCAUCAGGGUCUUCUCGUACUCAUCCGCUUUGAACCUCUGCUACGCAAUCUUGUUUGGCCGGACUGUUGCCAGUAAAAAACCAAAGUGCUGGACAGGCCGGUUCCUCAUGAAUCUUUGGGCCAUAUUUUGCCUGCUGGUUUUGUCCAGUUACACAGCCAACCUAGCAGCUGUCAUGGUUGGGGAGAAGACCUUUGAGGAGGUGACAGGAAUUCAUGAUGUCAAGCUCCAUCACCCGUCUCUAGGGUUUCGCUUUGGCACAGUUCGAGAGAGCAGUGCUGAAGAUUAUAUGAAGAAGAGCUUCCCCGAGAUGUAUGAAUACAUGAGGCGCUUCAACAAACCCACCACUCCUGAUGGAGUUUCUACACUCAAGACAGAUCCUCCUCAGCUAGAUGCCUUCAUUAUGGACAAAGCUCUGCUUGAUUAUGAGGUUUCCAUAGAUGCAGACUGCCAACUCCUGACUGUGGGAAAACCAUUUGCUAUUGAAGGUUAUGGGAUCGGGCUGCCCCAGAACUCACCCCUGACGCGGAACUUGUCCGAAUACGUCAGCCGCUACAAGUCUGACGGCUACAUGGACAUCCUGCAUGACAAGUGGUACAAAGUGGUUCCCUGUGGAAAGAGGGUUUUUGCUGUGACAGAGACACUGCAGAUGGGUAUCCAGCAUUUCUCUGGACUGUUUGUGCUGUUGUGCGUGGGGGUAGCGGGGGCUUUGCUCACUCUGUUAGGGGAACAUGCUUUCUUCAGAUUCAUCCUGCCUCACCUCCGACACCAGCAGAGAUUCAAAUACUGGCUUCACACCAGUCAGAAAAUUCAUCGUGCAUUAAAUAUGGAUUGCGAAGAUGAGAGGAAAUCCGAGUCUGAGAGCACAAAUAGAUGUUCCACCUUGUGCCUGUCGGAGAACUGUAACCUACACCGCCUGCCACCAGCUGGCCCCACCUCCUCAUCUCCUCAACCUUCCACCUCCUCCACUUCCCCCUCUUCCACAACCAAGUGGAACAAUCAGAGUGCGAAGGCUGGCCGAGAGGCCAAAGAUCAUAACAAACGUGUCCACUUCAACCUGGAGACACUCAACAGCUACCAGCUGCAAGCUCCGCCCCCUGGGCCCGAGAGGGGCAGGAGAGGGCUGGUGGGAAGUCCGCCCACCCAGUUGUGUUCCAACGGUGGACCCAAUCUCAGCCUCAGCCUGGUGCUCUCACCUCCAACCUGCCCAGGUGGCUCCUCGCCAUGGGAAGAAGAACUGAGUGAACUGCAAGGGAGGAUCGAGGAGUUUCGUGGCCAGCUGAGGUCUGCCCUGGCCAGGAGAGCUGAGCUCCAGCGCAGCCUGGUCAGACAAAGGCUCAGCCAGUCGCAAACAAUCUCUGCCUCAAAUCCGGCCGAACCAUCGGCCCCUUCCAACAGUUCCAGCACCCAGAUCAAAGACAUCAAUAGAGGAAGGUGAUGUAUGUGACUGGGACAUUUUCUCAUCUGAGAAUUCAUGCAGCCCUACAUUCUGCUUUCUCAUUGGGGUGUUAGAGAUGGAUGAAACAUUUUUUUGAUGAGAUCUAGCUUGUAAUGCUGCAGACUGGCUGAAUUCCAGUUCGAGAGAGGAAACAUUUAUGUGUGUAUUGUGUGUCUGUGGGUGCGUGUGUGUUUUAAGCUGGAGAGCAAUCUCAUAAUACACUGUUCAUUGCUGGCCAAGGUGAAUAUUUGCAGCUACAGUCUGUUUUGUAAAUAAUUCAAUGGGAUUACUUAGUAGGAUAAGCAACAAUGGACCAAACGUAACAUUUUUUAGGCCACUACUCUGUCUUGCUGUACUUUUUCCACACAGUACUGUACAAUAGACAUGAUGUUGCUUUUGUGUUUUAAUAGUGAUUAAGUAUGAAGUGUAAGAAAUGUAUGACUCAAAUGGUAUGGACAUACUCUUUACCCUGUAUAACCUAAAUGUUAUAGGGGCGGUUUUCCAGACAAGGGCUUAAAGGGAUAGUUCGGCCAAAAAUGAUAUUAAACCCAUGAUU